AUGCGGCCUAUUGACGAACAUCGGGAGGCGAAACGACGGAAAGUGAUCAACGAGUUCCACGAGACGGAAAGGUCAUACGUCGACGGGCUGGACCUCAUUUAUUCUCACUUCCUUAGCCCCAUCAUCGCCUCUUUGGACACACCGCAACAACUACUUGAUCGCAGCGAACUCACAUCCAUCUUCUCCAACUUUAUUGAUAUUUGGAACUUGCACCGUUCAUUCUAUACCGCACUCACCACGUUUUUGGACUCUUCUACCUCUACCUCUGAUGUCCCACCGGCCCCGCUGUCUCCUGUCCUCCUCGCUCACUUCCCAUACCUGUCCUUGUACACGCCGUUCGUUACAUCAUUCUCUGACGCGCUUGCUUCCUACGCGUUUCUGCUUUCUGCCCACCAUGCUUUCGCGUUGUUCGUCGCGAAGCAAGAAGCUGACCCGCGUUGCGGAAAGCUCAAAUUCCGGGAUUGGCUGCUGACAAUCGUGCAGCGGUGUCCGCGGUAUCUCCUCUUGCUGAAGGAUCUGAUUAGUUGCACGGAUCCUGAUGACCCAGAGUAUACCCAAUUGACAGCCGUCCACACGCUCGUCUCAAAGAUAACAUCCUCCCUCAAUGCGUCAUUGCAUACGCAUGCGCAAACAUUGGCGCUGCUUGCUUUGCAGCGCAACACUGCCAACCUCCCCUUCCGCCUGAUUACACCCGGACGCACAUUCCUGAAGCGUGCUCCCCUCAUGCAACUGGAAGGCUCCAUGACCAGGGAGCGCGAGUUCCUGCUCUUCUCUGACUGUAUCAUCUGGUUGGCAAAUGCCGAUGGCGACCUCAUCUCCAACAAGUGGGAGCAUAGCGGCAACAGCAGCCCAGGAGGCGGCCGGCCGGCGCUCGUGCGUACGCGCAGCAAGAGCGACGCAGACAUGCCAGUCGUCGCGGACGCGCUUCGGCGAAAGGAGUCUGUACUGAAGUUCAGGUUGCCUGUGAGCCCUAAGCGCAAGGCGAGGCAUGCGAGCAGCGGCACAGACGAACGGUGGGUGUAUAAGGGGUAUGUGGACCUGGUCGACGUCGAGGUGAUCGUGAGCCCGCCGCGCGAGGCUGAUGAUGAGAGGCGAUUCGAGUUGCUGAGUCCGCAGCAGUCAUUUGCUGUCUAUGCUGCGAACGAGGAAGAACGGGAUGAGUGGAGUACGGCGAUUCGCAACGCGAAGGCAUCACUGCUCGUCUCGCUGAACGUCAUGCAGCCGAACUCAACCCUCACGUCAUCCUCGUCUACAAACCACCUGCGGCGCACACUUCAGGCACUGCCCUACGCACCUGAGCAGGACUUACAGCAUCCGAAGCGUGGCAGAACCUUCUUUAUCCUGGACGAGUCUUGCAAGGACUCGCACAAGCCAGCACGCGCAUGCGAUGCCUGCUAUGAUACCGUCUUCCCCGUGCUCGACUAUCCACGAGACCGCGUCGCGCUUUCCGGCACGACGCACGCGCACCUCACUCUGUCCGGACUCAAGUCCAUGCCCUCACUGGUACUGUCGGACAGGUCGAGCAACUCACCCUCCGCACUCAUGGUGGUCGAUCUCGAGAGCCCGAAGCGCAUGCUUACACGCAUCGACGAUGACGAGGCCGGCGCGGAGGGCGCAGAAGCUGGGCCGUCCGUGCCUGCGAUACGGCUGAAGCACGCUCCGCGGCCGAGGAGCUACGUGCAGAUCCUCGAGGACUUCCAGGAGCACGGGCGCGCAAGCAUGGGGGCGCCGCAGCACUCUGCGGGCCCGAGCGUGUCGAGCUUCAGCCUGCGCACGGCGGACGACCCCGACGAGCGCGACGAGGACGCAUCGCGCGAGCUCUCGCCCGCGUCCAGUAGCUACGCGGGCUCCAGUCUGCCGCCGACGCCGCGGAAGGAGAACACGGUGCGGCGGCACAAGCGGUUCUCGCUGCCUGCGCUCGCGCUACAGACGAGCUCGGUAACGGCGCGUCCGAGUGUCGUGGGGGAGGGGAGCUCGCGCCGCUUCUCGCUGAUGCUGGGCAAGGGCGGGACACUGAGCCAGACGAGGGGAACAUCUGGGGAGAGGGCGAGCCGGCUGCCCGGAGAUGAUUUUGGGCGGCGGGAGUCGGUAGCAGCGGGGAAGCUGAGCGAGCUAUUGGGGAGGUCCCAGCCCAAGGCCGCCGAUACCCCCGCGAACGCAAAGGCACCCCCCGCGUCCGCGCCCGAGCUCGAGUCCUCCGCGGUGCUCAAGGCCGUGCGCGCGCACGAGCACGACCGGCAACGCGCCCGCAAGACCGUCGAGGUCGAGCGCACGCGCGAGCGCAAGGAGCGCAAGCGCAAGGCGGGGGCGGGCACGGGGGCUGCGCGGCAGCCCAAGGUCGGCCGGAAGGGCUCCGCGGAUGCGAAGGGGGUGACGGAUGCGUUCAGCACGUUCGUCGAGGAGAACCUGCCGCCCGUAGCGCGCGAGGGCGACGACGACGCGGCAGGCGCAGGCCGGUGGUCGCCGGCGCAUGCGACGGAGGUGGACAUCACGGUGCUCAUCAAGCCUGCGAAGGUGCACAAGCGCAGAGGGGACGACUUUGAGGUGAUCCCCGCGGUGCGGUCCGUCAUCGUGCUCGACGACAGCGUUGCUGUGACGCCCGAGGUCGACGAGCCCUGGGAGCACAUCUCGGCCGAGGACGGCGAGGACGGGGUCGCCGACCCGCCUCCCUCCUACGCGCAGAUCGCUGCCAGCGCCGUCUAAGUGCAGGCUGCUGCGUCAAGUGUCAGGCGUCCGAAGCAAGUGGAAAGAGAUAGAAGUUACAAGGAGAAUACAGCAGACAAACGGACGGCGGAAGGCCGGACUAAUGUGUACCACUAUCAGUGAUCUGCGCGGACAGACCAAGUGCGAACUUCAACGAUAUACCACCACAGUAACGACGCUACGAAUAAUACUCACGAGGAUCUGUAUCACGAUGUAUGCGCUAUGUGCCAUGGAUUGCUCCUUAUGCACACUCGCCGAUUGUACUUUUACAUACUAAUCGUACCCCCUGCGUAAUGUAUGCGGC